AAAUCUGCAUUCCAGAUGAAACCUGCAGGGAAGCGGAAGAAAGCACUUAAAAAAAAAUUCAAGGGCAGUAAGUUAGCUGCUUUUGCCUUCCAGGCAUUUUGAGGUCAUCUGUUUCUUUCUGUACUUUAAUUUCUUUGCUUUGGGCUUUGUGAGUGUCUGUUGAUCUGUGUGCUCUGCUAGUUUUUCUUUUUUUUUUUUUGGCCUGGAUGACCCAGGCUUCUGACCAUAAGUUAGAUGGCAAAGCAGGGCCCGUAAGAAGUAUUUCAGUCAUUUUCUGCUGAUUCACUUUUGAAUUUCUUGGACUGCUCCGGGGGUGGUGGAGGGUUGUCAGGAUCGGCUUGCCGGCUCAGCACUUCUGGAGUCUCACUUGCUCACCAAUGAGAAAGUUGAAAGCAACCAGGAGAAAGACAGGCACUGGGGCGGAGCUGUGGUAAAGUCCUGGGCUGGGAUGACUGGGACAGGCUGACUUUCCUUACGACAAAAAGCCUUUUGUCCACGGGAAUAAAUGCGGAAGUCCCAGAGGAGCAGCGUCCCGAGUCUGUGUGUAGUAAGGUGCUCAGCCUCGCUGCGCUGCCUCGGGGCACAAAGCUCCUCGGACUUUUUGCAGCUGCCCUGGGCGCACCCUCGUCGCACAGACCCACAGACCGGAAGGAGAGCACCGUGGUGACUGACCCGAAGGAGACUGAGAGUGCUGGCUCUGCGGCCAGGGAGUCUGGCCGCCUGGCUUCUGUUGCUCUCUGUCCUGUAAGUGAAGAGCUGAUGGAGUGGAUAAACUGAGAGCAGGGGAAGGUAACACAAGUCAGAACUUCCACUGAGGGCAUUGCUCCGAGACAUGGAGGACGGUGAUAACUCUGUGAAUGGCAGUGAUGUCUCGGAACCAGACAAAUCUGAAGCUGGACCUGACAUGGCUCAGUCGAUCCUGAGCAAGUUCUCCAUGAAAUCCCUGUUUGGGUUUACAAGUAAAUUGGAACCUGUGAAGCCUGAAGAAGAAGUUGUGGUGCUGAAAGCGUUCCACACUGUAGUGGUGGAUCCCUCCCCUCGGAGGGAUGAUGCCAGCCACUGCUCGGAUCAGCAGGAGGCAGAGGCUCCGGGACCACCUGACCUCAGAAAUGAAGGGGAGCCUGCGAGGGUGGAGACAGAGAUGGAGUCAGAGGGAAGUCAGAGGAAAGCAGAGGCAGGGAUUUCUCUCCCUGGUCAAGAGCUUCUUCCACUCACUGCUUUGAGCACAGGUGAUGUCCUUUUGGUUCGUGGGACCCUCGUGAACACCACCAGUGAUUCUGACUCUGAUGAUGGUGAGCAGGAGCCAGAAGAGGAAAGCAACACCAAUGGCCCAAAGUCCCCUGGUAUUGUUUUAUCUAAGCCAUCUGAGAAGCCCAAAGAAAAGCCAGGAGAUUGUAGGGAAAAUAUUGCCACUAGGGAAAGGGAUGACGCAGAGCUGGGUGCAGAAGAUCCUCAAGGGACUCCCCCUGAGAAAUGUGGCACGCCAGAACCUGGUGAUGGUGGUCCUCAGACGGAGCACAGCCCUGACCAGGUACAAGCGGGAGAAGAAGGCUCCCAAGUUCUACCUGUGAUAACGGACCAGAGCUUAAGUGCUGGUGUCACCGAGAACACCCCUCCUAAAAAAGAAGUCCCCGGAGAGAGGUCAUUCCAGCUUCCAGCUUUUUUUAGUGGGCUUCGUGUGCUAAAAAAGGGGGCUCCAGCUGAAGGUGGGGAGACCAUCACAGAAAUUAAACCAAAGGAUGGGGACUUGGCUUUGCUCAAAUUGACCCAGCCUGUUCACAAGUCAUUAGUACAGACAGUGCCACAGACAGUGAAGAAGACUGGGGAGAAAACAAGUGAUCUGAAGGCCACUCCCACUCUCCUGGAGCAGCUCUCCCAGCUACUCAACAUUGACAUGCCCAGAGCAGAACUGAAGGCAGAAGACCCUGAGCCGCCCCGGGCAGAAGAGAUGGGCUGCAGUGCUGCCCAGGAGAGCCAGAGCAGCCCCGGGGAAGCCCCAGCCCAGGGUGGAGAGGUCAAGCCAAAGCCACCAGAAACCGCCCUGGAGGCCUUUAAGGCCCUGUUCAUCCGUCCCCCCAAAAAGGGGACCACAGCUGAUACCUCUGAGCUUGAAGCUCUCAAGCGCAAGAUGAGGCAUGAGAAGGAGUCAUUAAGAGCUGUGUUUGAACGGUCCAAGUCAAGACCGGCAGACGGCCCUUCAGAUUCCAAAAGCCCUGACCACAGCCCCACUGAGCAGGACGACAGGACUCCUGGCAGACUCCAAGCUGUCUGGCCACCCCCAAAGACAAAGGACACAGAAGAAAAAGUGGGACUGAAGUACACUGAAGCAGAAUACCAAGCUGCUAUUUUACACUUGAAGAGAGAACACAAAGAAGAAGUUGAAAACCUACAGGCUCAGUUUGAACUUCAAGCCUUUCAUAUCCGGGGUGAGCAUGCAGUGAUAACAGCGAGACUAGAAGAAACCAUUGACAAUCUCAAGCAUGAGCUAGAACACCGAAUGCGGGGAGGAGGUGGAGAGAUGAAAGAUGUGUGUAUCUCCACCAACGAUGACUGCCCUCCAAAGACCUACAGAAAUGUGUGCAUCCAGACAGACAGAGAGACUUUCCUCAAACCCUGCGAAGGUGAAGGCAAGACAACCAGAAGCAACCAAAUAAUACCCAAAAAGCUGAAUAUCUCCUCUUUAAGCCAACUUUCUCCCACAAAUGACAACAAAGAUAUCCAUGUACCACUUCAAUCUGUAGAAGGCAUCUCAUCAAGUCAGGAGAAUGCAUCCCCUCUCCCUCCAGCACCACCCCUAUCAGCAACCAUCCCUCCACCGCCUCCCCUCCCACCUGUACUUGGACCUUUGCCACCAGCACCUCUGAGUGUUGGGCCACCACCACCUCCGCCACCUCCUCUGCCUCCAAGUGCUGGACCUCCCCCUCCUCCUCCCCCACCACCACUUCCUAACUCAUUUGCUCUGCCCAACAGUGGGGGGCCUCCACCUGCUCCAACACCCCCAGGACUUGUACCCCCACCUCCUCCUGGCCUCUUCUUUGGAGUUGGCCCUUCUUCUAGCCAAUGUCCUCGGAAGCCAGCCAUUGAGCCCAGCUGUCCCAUGAAACCUCUGUACUGGACUAGAAUACAAAUAAGUGAUAAGAGCCAAAGCGCUACACCAACCUUGUGGGAUUCUUUAGAAGAACCUGAUAUUCGGGAUACUAGUGAAUUUGAGUAUUUAUUCUCCAAAGACACAACUCAGCAGAAGAAAAAACCUCUUUCAGAGACCUAUGAGAAAAAAAACAAGGUCAAAAAGAUCAUCAAGUUAUUGGAUGGAAAACGGUCUCAAACUGUGGGAAUCUUGAUAUCUAGUUUGCAUUUAGAAAUGAAGGAUAUCCAGCAGGCCAUUUUCAAUGUGGAUGAUUCCGUGGUUGAUCUUGAGACCCUGGCAGCCCUAUAUGAAAACAGAGCCCAAGAGGAUGAAUUGGUUAAAAUAAGAAAGUAUUAUGAGACAUCCAAAGAAGAAGAAUUGAAGCUGCUGGAUAAACCUGAGCAAUUUUUACAUGAGUUAGCCCAGAUCCCUAAUUUUGCUGAACGUGCCCAGUGCAUCAUCUUCAGAUCUGUCUUUUCCGAGAGUAUCACUUCCUUGCACCGAAAGGUGGAGAUCAUCACACGAGCUUCUAAGGGCUUACUGCACAUGAAGAGUGUGAAGGAUAUUUUAGCUCUCAUUCUGGCUUUUGGAAAUUAUAUGAAUGGAGGAAAUAGGACUCGGGGACAAGCAGAUGGAUACAGUUUAGAAAUUCUGCCCAAACUCAAGGACGUCAAAAGUCGGGAUAAUGGGAUUAACCUGGUGGACUAUGUCGUGAAAUAUUACCUGCGUUACUAUGAUCAGGAAGCAGGAACAGAAAAGAGUGUCUUCCCCCUGCCUGAACCACAAGAUUUUUUUCUGGCUUCCCAAGUCAAGUUUGAAGACCUUAUAAAAGACUUGAGAAAACUGAAGAAGCAACUAGAAGCAAGUGAGAAACAGAUGGUGGUGGUGUGCAAGGAGUCACCAAAGCAGUAUCUCCAGCCUUUUAAAGACAAACUACAAGAGUUCUUCCAGAAAGCCAAAAAAGAGCAUAACAUGGAAGAAAGUCACUUGGAGAAUGCACAGAAAAGUUUUGAAACGACAGUGGGAUAUUUUGGGAUGAAGCCAAAGUCUGGGGAGAAGGAGAUCACUCCCAACUACGUGUUUAUGGUGUGGUAUGAGUUCUGCAGUGACUUUAAGACGAUCUGGAAACGGGAGAGUAAAAACAUAUCUAAAGAAAGAUUGAAAAUGGCUCAGGAAUCAGUCAGCAAGCUGACAUCAGAGAAGAAAGUGGAGACAAAGAAAAUCAACCCCACAGCCAGUCUGAAAGAAAGACUGCGUCAGAAGGAAGCCAGCGUGGCCACCAACUAAACGUUGCCGUGAGAACGCCAAUGGCAGGACUGGGCACCUGGCUUCCCCUUUGCAACACCAGCGCUGCAGGAGCUUCUGGAAAGAUAUGUUACUAAACGCUUCUCUUGCUCAUCUCUUUGUAAGAGCGUCUGCAGUGGGAACCCCUGCAUUCUCCAAGAAGUCCCUGGUUAAGCCACAGAAACCAUGAAAAGCUGUUUAAGGCACCGUUGCAGCAGUAUUGAUAACUGUUUCUUAUAGAGGCCCAAAGUUGACUUUGCUGUAAGACCAGAACAAAUACCAAGGUUUCCCAAGUUUUUUUUUUUUAAGCGGAGAUUUCAAGCUUUCUAACCUACUCUUUAUAUAUGUAAAUUUGUGAGAGAAGAAAAGGAUAUUUUAUGACAGUUGACUUGAAGGAGUUCAAGCCUUUACACAAUGCUGGUUUGAUUAUUGAUCUUAAUUUUGAUCCCACUGCAUAAAGAUUUUGAAGUGUCUUUCUGGCCAAGAAUGUUGAAAAUUUACCAAAAUUAUUUUUAAAGAGCUCCAAGACUACGUAUUUCCUAGAUGAGGGAAAUGGUUAUUUGUGGUGGUGGUUGUUCAUAUAAUGGAAAGGAGAGAAAAUGGGAUUGUAGAUGGUGGAGAAGGGGUUAAAUGACCACGGACUCAUCCUGGAAAACAGAUUAUGACACAGGCCAUCAGCCAUUAAGCAAGACCCAUUCCUUUGUUUUUACAUCAAUUAAUUGUAGUUUCCUGGACCAGCCAGAAUUCUCACCCACAAAUUCUAGAAGAAACAGCCCUGAGCAGGGUGACAAGCGACCCAAUAACAGAGCACAUUUCACAUUUCAGAUCAUUCAUGAGUAGGCAAUGCAGUGUUGAUAUGCACCUGAGAUGCAUGCCCUGUUCUGGGCCUGUGUGUGGCGGGACCUCUCCUACUCACCCCAGGAAGCUGUUUCUACGCAAGAUGGCAAAUGUUACUCGCAGCUUUUUAUCAUGACCUUGACUGAAAGACAUGUGACAUAGGGUGAAGCAGGAGGCUGAAAAAUUAAGGUCAGAAAAGUUCUUUACAUUCAAAUGCAAAGAAGGUGAUUAUAUUCAUCUUAAUCUUGAAAUGGAAUGUCAUGUAAAUGCAGCUUUUUCUGAUGCUGGGAGCUGACAUGACCACAGCCUCUGAGUCACAAGAGAAACGAAUCCAUCUUGAGAGGGGAGAAAAGAGAGGACUGGGGGUGAAUUGAUAAUAGGAUCAAAGAACAUCAAGUUUGGGCCUUGAAGGGAGAGGGGUCAGAGCUUUUUCCUCCAGUUGGUGGAUGACAGUCUAGAUGUGAGCAACAGCCUUAGCACCCAUCCCAAUGCAGCUGCUGUUGCCCCAGGAUCUCCCCAGAAUCUCCCCAGAAGCUCUCAACUUGCCAGGUGCCUGGGUUUCUGCCCAGGACAUGCCUGCCAAUCAUCAGCCUCCUCAGGGACCCAUAAUAGACCCAGCUAAUGAAAGUAGUACCAUGUCCUCAAUAUAAUGCCCACCUCGAGAAGCAAGAAUGCACAAUCAGGAUCAAACUAAGUCUCUGAAGCCAUAUUCAUACAGGUGCUAACCACCUUUUCUAACAAUUCAAAAGAAGGAAUGUGGUAACAUAGUUGGGUUGCCUUUUUUCUUCCAAGUCCAAAUAAAAGGAUGAGACACUCAAAGUGGAGAAGCUUAUAGGAAACUGACAUGACUACAAGAAGUUCCUUGUGAGCAACAAGCUUUUCAUAUUGUUUUCUUGUAUCGUUUCUUCCCUUUCACUUAGCUAUGCAGAAAACAUAAGGAAAACAUGUUUUCUUCAAGGGAAAACAAAUUCCACUCCCAGCCCUCCUGGGCUCUGUGGCACGCCCCUGGUAUUACUGUGAGAAAGAAAAGAGCCUGUGUUGCCCAUGCCUUAGGAAUCAACUCUGAGUUCAGUAAGACCAGCAGAGGUUUAGGUCCACGUGGGUCCUUACAGAUGUGAUGGGAGACAGCUGCCAGUGGGUCUGGGCAGCGUCACCACCGUCCACUUCAGGUCCUGAGGUAGGAUGCUCAUAAGAAUAUCACUGAAGAUGAGCAGGACUGUCACUUUGGCCACAUAACCCUGCAAGAACAUGCUCUCACAGACCCAAUACUAAAGAAGAAUGAGUGGGAACAUUGAGUUUGAGGGUCAAACGCGGCCCACGGUUAGGGUUUCAUCCUCACAGACAGGCUAGAAAUUGGCAGUAAGGUACUCAUUUCUAAAGAGCAAAGUUUGCCUGGCUGUGUUGGAGAAAGACAGUGAUUUCAUAAUAUUAGUCAAACGUAGUCUGUUAGUGCACUAAGACACCAGGGCAGGAUCCCCAUUAUUUUCACCCUGCUUCAAUCCUGUGUUCUGUAUCUGGCUGCCCCCUCCCUCAUCCACACUCACAGUGCACUGUCGGACACCACCUUCAUUUCUAGCUUCAGUAGAUAAUAAGGUUCACAAGAAUUUGUUCAAGGUAGGCCAUCUAAAACAACCUGGAGGCCUUUAGAAUGUCCCCUCCAAAACACAGUGGAGACGGUGUUUAAAUACAACUGGUGCCUCUAAAUUUUGCAUGGAGAGGGAGUAGUUGAAGUUCCACUGAACAGCUUGAGCAGCUCAGGUAAAUGGGAUUUAAGUGGCAGUUCUAAGUCCCUCUCCCCAGGACAGGAGGGAGAGUGGCCAGCAAUGCUCCUCUGUUUGACCGCUCAUGCCUGACUUACUAGUCAGACUCUGAGAAACCUUUACGUAUUGUGCCAUCAUCUCGUCCAAGAUUCAUUAAAUCUGAGGGCACAGGUGGACAGCAGUUCAGAUUCUUGUAUGAGAAAUUGGUACCAUCGUCAAGCACACAAGUAUAUCAUAUAUUAAACCAGAGCAUGAUAUAAACAUAUUAGGGGAAAAUAUCAGGGCUGUGAGGUAUCAAAAAUCAGGUUAUAAGGAGGUGUGCCAUAUGGCUUUUGACCCAAGAAGAGGAGCUUACCAAGGGGAAAAAAAAGGCACAAGUGUGGUCAAGCAGAAACUGAUGAUGGUGAAUCGCCAGCCAUCACAGGAGAUGGCCUUGCUGCCCAGCAGCUGCCUUUUGAAUUCUUGAGUUGAUGCCCAUGAUGGCCCUUCAAAUGCUCGCUGCAACUACCUAGGAAUUAUGGAAGAAGUAGUUCUGAAAUCUGAGAAGUGGGAUAAGGAAAACUUAGUGGUGCUGUUGUACCUGAAAUGUUGUGGCCUAAACAAACUAGCAAGAUGGUUGCGGAACUGAACAUCAGAUCAGAUACAGUCUCUGCCCUGCUGCCCCCCUGAGUAAGGACAGUGCUGAGUAAGGACCUGCUGAGCCUCCCUUAGCGCCCUCUUUGUCCAUAAGUACCAUAAGGAAAGGUGUUUCCUAAGUGAAAGCUCAUAUGCUACUGGUGGAACAACUGCAGAAACUGAAAGGAGGAGCAAAAUUCCUUGGUGGCAUUGGAAACCUCCACAAAGACAGCCAUCAGUACGGUUCUUCUAUGGCCCAGGACUGGACGUAGCAGAAAAGGCAUAAGUAUUUUCACACUUUUCUCCAUAGAUUACACUGCCUGCAAUGGAGAAUUUUCACUUAAAUUAUUCUUGCUCUCUUGAAUGUUAGGUUUCCUCAUUUCUAUUUAUCCUUCUCCCUUGCCUGGUGUCAUCGAUGCAGAUCAGUGCCAGCAGCCACCCAGCAAACAGCGGCCAGCCCGCUGGCCCGCAGGUCCACCAGGCUGUGUGUGAAGGAGCAUUGGCAGUGCAGACGGUAGUGUCUUCCCCAGUCACCAGACUUUAAUUUGGGCAGACUUGAACUCUUCACUCCCUGAUAUCCCAAAUUGGCCUAUUUUGCCAUAUCUCCCUUCCCCCAAACAAAGAUAAAACCAAUUUGGGGAUUUCUGUGUCAAAGAGAGGGAAGAAAUCCAAAAAAAAUACAGCGUUUUAUCCCCAAGCAUCUAAUCCAAAUAUCAAAUAUACAAUUUUAUAAAGUAGUUUAAAUUUUCAUUAGGAAUUGUUUGGAAAAACUAUGUGAUAGAUAUGACCUUCAUUUUUCUUUGAUCCUGCCUGUUCUAAUCAGAAAAAAAAAUGCAAAGAAAGAAAGAGAAAGAAAAAAAAGUCCAAGAGCUGGAAGAGAAAAUAAAAAACAUUAGCAGAUUUGCUAAUCUACAAAUAAAUGUAUUAGUUCCUAAAUCACACAAUAAAAAUGGACAUACUGUGAAACCCAGUGAGCUUAUUUUUUAAAAAGCCACAUACAAGAAGAAGUGGCACAUUAUAGUAGAAGUGUUAGACCAUUAAAAUUUUCUUUUUCUGGGUUUUCUUAAGAGCAGCUCAUAAAUUUGUGGAACAUGCAGAAGACCAUGAUUGUCACAUUUCACAUAUUAGGUAUUGUACCUUUACGAACAGUACCUCUGCAGAGAGGGUUGAACAAAGACGUGAGCUUGUGUUCAUGACAGUGAUGACUUUGUCAUCAUAAAGAAAUCUCCAGCACAAGAGAAGCCUGUGUAUGUGGCCAAGCCAAUAGCAUCCAGUAUUUGAAAAGUAGGAAUCAUUUUUAGCUGCUCUAAAUGUAAGUAACUUGCUGAAUAUAUUUCUACUUUCCAUCUCUAGAGAGAGACAACCCAGCUGCUUGACACCUUCUCUGUCACUGGGGGAGAAGUCACUGAAAGAAAAGCACCUUCAAAACCAGGCCUCAGCGAAUCUGGCUGUUUAGACUCAAAUACCAGUAUUUAUCACUCUAUUAGCAACUGGUCGCCAUGGCACAGCUGUAUGUGACCAAGAAGCCCAUUUUGUCAUUUUCACACAUCCAUCGGUUGUUGACACCUUGUUAGAAGCACUGAGUGUUAGCUUCACAAUCUUCAUUUCCCUCCCAAGGAGUGGGCAAUCCCUCCUCCUGAUCAGUGGGUGGGCCAUGGUGAGUUCAAAAGAGUCUUAACAUAUUCAACUUGAAGCCAGUUCAGUAGUCUUGUUUGUUUUAAAACCUUCGGCAAGACUGUGAUAUAAACUUAGUGUUUAGGAAAUGUGUGUGGUGGACAACUUACUCGGAAAUGUAAAGAGGUUAAAACAGCAGCUAGCCCACUCUGUCUCUUAAGUCCCCCUGCAACUUCUGCCAACAAAGAUUAGGGAAGCAAACCAGCCUCAUUCAGUAGGUGGGCUGUCCUCCAAUGGAGCUUAUUGGAUUCACUGCCCCUCUACUCCAGCCCCUCUCCCAACCUCCCUGGUGAUAGUAACAUGGCCUUUUCCUUCUCCUCCCUCCCUUCUCUGGUGUGAUGAUUCACUUUGAUCAAUAGCUCAAGUGAAUUCCACUUUAUUGCAUAUUACAUCUAUGAAGUACUUGUUCAUGAAUUAUUUUGCUCCAUUCUGUGGUCUGAAGAAGACUGAUUUACCUCAAUUUUUAUAUGAAAGGGGUAUCUAAGGUCAUUAAUUUAUUCUUCCUUCUUCUACAUUCCAUCUAGGUUUAUAUAAUUUUUUAUUUUUUUUUGAUAAAUCUUCCCUCAAUACUAAGACUCUCUAGUCUGCCUCUUUUUCUAAGAGCUGGUCCAGAUACUUCUGUGAACUAUUUUUUAAUGUUUUAUGUGAAUUUCCAUAGCAUGGGGCUAGCAAAUGCAAAUGAACCAAUAGUUUCCAGAAAUUCACCUCCAAGGAAUUUGGCAUUCUUCUCCAUGGAGUAAACAACCUUCUACCAGACCUAGUCUGUUUUGUAGGCUGAACAUUUCCUGAAAUUCUACCUGUGCAGAGACUAAGAGCUCCCUAUCUUUGAAACUAUAAAAUGUCUAAGAAGAGAAUGAAUAUUUCUCCCCAUAUAUAUUAUACUUACCAUUAUACUUAGCACAUCAGAUAAGAAAUCAAGUGUUUUCAAGUGUGCAUCAUAGCAGUUUAUCAACAUCUCUGGCAAAGUUGUACCUCCUUUCCUAUAUUGUUCUCUUUCAGGGCUUACUCCCAUUCUUGCCUCAUGGAACAACUGUGUUUUUGUUUAUUCAUUCAUUCAGUGUUCCAGAACAUGAGGCUAGUCCCAUCGAGCACUGAGUAUAUAGGGAAGUUACCCUCUACCUCCCUAUGACGUGGAUGAUAGAUGUGUUCAGGAAUGAACAGCUUUCUGAGAACUCUUGGAAUGAACUUUGAAUUCCAGGUUUCUUUCUGUGAAGUAUAUAAAAAUGGGCCCAUAGUAUACAAAAAUUAUACUACCCUUUCUAAUAAGAGGCCAGAAGGAGAUUCAAAAAUCUUUAUAUGUUAGAUAGACUUAAGGAAACUCUAAGUAGCUAUUUUUUCCUUUCUUCUUGGCAGUUUGUCCCUAGCUAUAAUCUUGUUUCUUUGCUCCUGACCACCAAGACAUAAAGAAGGUGGUCUUAGCCCACUGACCUUACAUUCUGCAUAAUCCUCCAAAAACACCCAUUUCCUUUGGAAACAAGUCCACGAGUGAGGGGAAGUCUCGCGGCAAUUCUGCCUACCCAAGGUGACACACAGCACCUUGAGGUCUACCAGAGGAACAGGUCCAUUCCAAGUCAUUAACUUUAUGAUUCUGCAAUUCUUCAAUUUCUCCAAACACAAAUAAUACCACUCCACUGUUAGUAGAAUGUAUAAUCUUCAAAGAACAUAAGCAUUUAUAAAAGGACUUCUCUUUCAAAAAAACAAUCUGAGAGACUCCUAAAAUGGCAGAAACUUUUUAAAAUUAGAAAUUGAAUAACUUUUAAGACUCUUUAGAGAGCACAUGUCGUUGACUCGCUAUAGUCUUUUCCUUCGUUGAGUUUUAAUUGAGACUGCUGUGGGAAGCAGCGCGCUUCCCUGGAGUUGGAGUUAGGGAAUCGUGCUUUGGCCUGGAACACCAAUGCUAGCCUGCAUGCCUAGAACCUAAGUGAAAUCAGUUAGCAUCUUAAUAGGAAUCAGGCCUAACAAAUAUAAAUCAUCCCAAGUCCUUUAAGGUCUCAUUUUCUUAGUGACACCCUGGACCUUGGACAUUGCUUUCCUAAAAUGCAUUGGAUCCCUGCAGGUAUGUGUCUUAAUUCUGCCUCGUGAGAUCGCAAGCCAUGAGAUGAGGGAGAACAGGUGACAGAGAAGAAGGAAAACCUGAACAAGGCCAAGGCUCACUGUUUGGCUAAUACAUUGCCUUGAUAGGGAGCGGGUGAUUUUUGACAUCAUUGUAUCAUGGACAGCCUCUCUGUGGAAACUCAAGGAAUCUGUCUCAGGCAAAUGGGAGUGCCCAGUAUCUCUUAUCGGUCAGUGCCUGACAACAUGCUGGAAAAGCAGGUACCCUAACGAAACUGCGCUUGCUGAAAUAGUGCCAUUCAAUUUCAGAUUCAUUCCCAUAGGGCUGGCAGUCCAGGGACCUUCCUCUCUUCUCUGUGCUUGCCCAAAAGUCAUUUUGGCAUCUUGCUUCAUUCAUUUCCUCCUUUCUAUACAUCUACUUUGGCCUCCCCCUCCCUCACAGCCCACCCCUAUUUUUUCUCACUUUACCAUCUCUCCAGGACCCAGCUCUCUUUACCACCCUGCCUCACAGACAGCCGAGUGUCUCCCUGAGCCUGAACUCCCUCCUCUCACACCCUGUGCUCUAUUUCCCAGGCCUUUGGACAGGGCGCUCCACUGUCGCCGAGCGAGACACACCGCUGUGACGGCCUCUUGUUAAUGUCAGCAUCACCUCAUCACUUAGGCAAAGAGGGGAAAAUCCAUAAAAGAGAUGGAAAAUACAUUUCUUUCUCAUUUUAUUCUGCUUUAUUUUAGGAAGGUUGAGGGGAGGGUUAUUCUCGUCUUUCUCGAUUUCUCAUAGAUUUUAUUUUAAAACUGUCUAACUGGCACCAUUCUUUUGAUAAAUCAGUCCAGGUCACCAGCUGUGGUGCAUAAGAAUAAAUUUUUGAAGCUCAAAUAAUUUUUCUGUGCCACAGGACACAUUGACUUAAAUUCUGGGCAAACAUUUUCACUCAUAGGCUUGUUAUUGCCACUCCAUUCUAACAACGACUCCUGAUUCAAACAUCUACAUGAAUCUGGAUCAAGACGUUGACAAUUUGUGGUUGUUUUCAGAUUAACAGUCACUGUGAGAUUCUUGAAAGGGGGUAAAGAGAAAGUAUAAGCAUGUCCCAAGCAGUCAAACAUUGAACCUGGAAAAACAGUGGCCUUUCUGUUUAAUUAAGUAUGCUAAACCAAUCUGUAGAUGUCAUCCUAAAGGACUUUCAGCAGCAAGGAAGACAGUUUGGAAGGGAGAAGGCACUUUAAAGACAUGAAACCUUACAUUCCAUGGUCUUGGAUAUUUUUAAUGUAAUAAGCUAAUUGGAUUCAGGUAUUUUUUCCUUUAAAAUUUAAAAAAAUAUGUAUUUCUAAUUUGCAUAUUUAAUUUUGUCAGUGCUGAAAAUGCUCAUUAGUUGAACUUGUAAAUGUCAUUUGCAACCAAAUGAAGUAUUUAUUUUUAAAAAGAAAAGGUGAAGGAACCAAUAUUGACUGUACAUAAUGCAAAUAUAUGUGUGCAUGUAUAUAUAUAUUUUUUUCCUCCGUGACACUACUUGGUUACCAUAUCAAGUGUAUUUUUGUACAUAGUAUAUAUUGGUUAGAAAAUGUAGAUUGUCUACUCAAAGAAUUCUAUCUCUGUGAUAGAUUAUAUUUAUUCUAAUCUAUUGAUACCUCUGUUAAUUUGUUUUAAGAGAUAGAACUCUAUUUUUUUUGGAAUUUGCAGAGAACUGCAUUCAUGGCUUCCAACUGUAAAUAUGCUAAGGGUAUUUUAAUAAAUCUUGGUUUCAUGUC